UUUUGUUCACCCCGGCACAGCAAUACCUACUCCUGCAACAUGAAGGCUUUCGUGUGUUUGUUAGUCCUGGUGGCCGCAGUGUACGGCGCAGAAGAGGAGAAGAAGAAUGAGAAACGCGGCCUCCUCGGCCUUGGCUACGGAGGUCACAGCCUCGGCUACGGAGGCUACAACCUGGGAUACGGGGGCCAUAGCCUCGGUUACGGGGGCCAUAGCCUCGGUUACGGGGGUCAGGGUCUCGGGUACGGUGGCUACAGCGGACACGUAGUCUCAGCCCCUGUCGUCUCAAGCAGAGUUGUCUCGUACAGCCUCGGCGGACAUGGAGGCUACAGCGGACAUGGAGGCUACAGUGGAUAUGGCGGCUACAGCGGAUACGGAGGCACCAGCGGAGGCUACAGCGGCCACGGAGGCUACAGCUCGCUUGGUCUCGGCCACGGCUACAUACACUGAGACAAACGUCACACACGUAAAGCCAAGUUCUUCAGCAUCUUACAGCUAGAUAAAACUGAUAGCUUAAUAUAUCCACAGUUGGAAAUUGUCAGCUGUCGGCGCUCUCUUCUCUAUAUGUUGUAAUUUGUUGUAUGUACUUAAGAAUGGCUGCGAUAUAAAUUUUGUUAUUGUUAGU